AUGCAAACUGGCCACAUGAAACUUGAGAAAAGUUUGAAAUCUCAGACUGAGUUCUUGCUUUCUAGUAACAAGUCAGACAAACAGGUUACUUUGAUGGAUGCCAACUACGUUAUGGAUGAGACUCUUGGCACAUCCACAUUUCCUAUAUCUUCUCUGAAACUGGGAGAGAAGAAGGAGGUCCAGUUAACUUUCAAUGAUGUCACAGAAAUGACUUUGGAAUUGUCUCUUGAAGAAUUCAAUGAGGCAGGUACCAGGACAAAUUUGUACACUCCUCCCCGCUGCCGUCUGCUGGAGGCAGUGCAGCUGGGAGGUAUUGUUCAAACCCUUGGAAUGACAUACGGGCUCAGUGAGUUAACUAGUCCAAAUGAGCUCUUCAUCAUGGCUCUGUGUGAUGAGGAGAAGAAAUUUCGACAACAGAGGAAAGAUAAUAUCAUGCACAGUAUGAAGUCAUUUCUAGGAGAGGAAAACAGCAAGAACUUGACCACUUCCCGUGAUGUACCAGUGAUAGCAAUACUGGGUUCAGGAGGUGGAUUCCGUGCCAUGGUAGGGUUUGCUGGAGUCAUGAAAGCACUUUAUGAGUCAGGAAUUUUAGACUGUGCGACUUACAUUGCUGGUCUCUCAGGAUCCACGUGGUACAUGUCAACUUUGUAUUCACACCCGGAUUUUCCAGAAAAAGGACCAAAGGAGAUUAAUCAAGAAUUGAUGAACUCUGUGAGUCACAACCCACUUCUGCUGCUCACUCCUCAGAAAGUCAAACGCUACAUUGAAGCACUGUGGAACAAGAAAAGCUCAGGCCAGCCUGUCACCUUCACAGAUAUCUUUGGAAUGCUAAUAGGUGAAACACUUAUCCAUAAUAGAAUGGACACCACUUUGAGCAACAUGAAAGAGAAAAUCAAUAAUGCACAGUGUGCUCUCCCACUCUUUACAUGUCUCCAUGUCAAACCAGAUGUCUCAGAGCUGAUGUUUGCAGACUGGGUGGAAUUCAGUCCGUAUGAGAUUGGUAUGGCAAAGUAUGGCACUUUUAUGUCUCCUGAUUUGUUCGGAAGCAAAUUUUUUAUGGGGACAGUAGUGAAGAAGUAUAGUGAAAAUCCCUUGCAUUUCUUGAUGGGCGUCUGGGGCAGUGCAUUUUCUAUAUUAUUUAACAGAGUACUUGGCGUCUCCAAUUCUCAGAAUAAAGGUCCCACCAUGGAAGAAGAAUUAGGUAAUAUUA